UUUAGUAUAGACUGCCUAGCCGUGGUAGCAAGUCUUGAACCCACGUCCGAUAUUCACCAGCUCGUUGCAACCAAGAUGGGGAAUCAAAGCUUCAAGACACUCAGCAUUGAUGACUUUCUGCAGAUAACAAGUUGGCCGGACUUCUCGAAACUCAUUAAAAAGGAGCACGACAAAGUUCUGGCCGUACAACUACCAGAUCCAUCACAUAUAACCCUAACACCAACGGAAAUACCUUCAACUUACAUACAUGCCAACUUUGUUAACGGAUUUAAGGAGAAAAGAAAAUUUAUUUGCUGCCAAGCUCCGAAGAAAAACACGUGUGAACAUUUUUGGAGGAUGGUUUUAGAGCAAGAAUCUCAUAUUAUUGUUUCAUUAACGAAAACAGAUAAAGGAGGUUUCGUGUGCUAUGAAUAUUGGCUCAAUGCAGAGGAAGGUAUGGAGAUAUUUGGAAGAUAUGUUAUAAGAACCCUAGAAAUUAUAAAAGAGUCAAGUUUUACCAAGACACGAUUACGACUUACUGAUGUGUGCACUGAUGCUUCACGGGAGAUCCAUCACUUUUGGUACACUGAUUGGCCUGAUGUCGGUAAUCCCAUCAGCCCGGUGCAAAUUCUAGAUCUAAUAUUGCAGAUGAACAAAAAACGAAAAGAGUUGACACAAGCAGCAGGCUUUAAAUUAGGACCGAUAGUGGUCCACUGCGCCGAAGGAGUCGGUCGAACAGGAAUAUUUUGUACCAUAGACAACGCGUUAUCACAGUUACGGAAAGAACAAACAGUGUGCCUACCUCAGACGGUGCUAAAAAUACGGAAGCAAAGACAUUCAAGUGUUUUUCUUAUUGGACAGUAUGCAUUCUGUUACAAAGCAGUGAGAUAUGCUUUAAUAACAGACCUAAUAGAAAAAAUAUUGUAUUAAGUGG